CCCUCCCCCAUUUUUUUUUUUAACCGACGCUCGGUCUCUGAGGGGAAAAGAUGCAGCGCAUAUUUACCCUUUCAGAGAAGGAUGCUCCUAGUUCCCCUGUGCAAUUUGCUUGGCAAAAAACCUUAGGAAACUACAUUGCAGUUAUAGGGUACAGUCAUACUGUCAAAGUCUUUGAUCGCCAUGGUCAAAAGAAAAAUGAAAUUAUUUUACCGGGGAACUGCAUCGCUAUGGAUUGGGAUCAAGAUGGAGAUACUCUAGCAAUUAUUGCUGAUAAAUCCAGUGCUAUUUAUCUGUGGGAUGCCAAUACAAAUAAAACCAUUUUGAUGGAUACUAGCAUGAGGGAACCAAUGUCUUUCUUGUGUUGGUCAAAAACUGAAGCCUUACUAGUUGCUGGAACAGCUAAAGGAAAUGUACUAAUAUAUAACCGUCAGACUUCCCGCAAGAUUCCUAUCCUUGGCAAGCACACCAAACGGAUCACAUGCGGUUGCUGGAGCAAAGAAAAAUUAAUUGCAUUAGGCGGAGAAGACAAAUUAAUAACGAUUAGCAACCAUGAAGGCGACACUAUCAGAGUGACAGCAGUGAGAGAAGACCCCAGCAAUAUGCAGUUUGUCAAGAUGAAGACAGAUGAAGAAUCAGGAGGAAAUGAGACCACAGUGUGCAUUGUAGUUGGACAAAAAACGUUAUAUUUUUUUAACUUCAAAGAUCCAGAAAAGCCAAUUGAACUAGCAUUUCAAAAACGUUAUGGAAAGAUAGUAGCUUACAAAUUGUACGGUGAAAAUUAUAUCAUGAUUGGUUUUUCGCUGGGCUACUUUGUGGUGAUUUCAACGCAGGUUCAAGAGAUUGGCCAUGAGAUCUUCCAAGCUUCUGAUCAUAAGGAUUCCUUGGCCAGCAUUGCCAUCACUGAAUCAUUAAACAAAGCUGCAUCAUGUGGAGAUAACUGCGUCAAGAUCCAUAACUUGUCAGAUCUGACGGAAAUGUGCGCAAUCAUAAACUUAGAGGAUGAAAAUAAAGGUCUAGAUCAGUUGUCAUGGACGGACGAUGGACAGUUGUUGGCGGUGUCUACCAAGCGAGGAUUUAUCCACGUGUUCUUAACCAACCUUCCCAUCCUCGGGGCCUCGUAUGGCACAAGGAUCGCCUACCUCACCUCCCUUCUCGAGGUCACGGUGGCCAACUACGUUGAAAGUGAACCACCGAUAAGAGUUUCUGUUGAAGUUGAGCCCAACUUUGUUGCCGUUGGGCCGUACCACUUAGCUGUGGGCAUGAAUAACCGGGCAUGGUUUUAUGUCCUCGGAGAGAGCAGAGUAAAAAAGCUCAAGGACAUGGAAUAUCUGGGAACAGUUGCCAGUAUAUGUCUUAAUUCUGAUUAUGCUGCUGCACUUUUUGAUGGUAAAGUCCAGUUGCAUAUGAUAGAAAGUGAACCGUCAAAUACUCAGGAGGAACGGGAGACUAGGCUGUUCCCAGAUACAGAUGAUAAAAGUAAAAUUCUGUGCCAUUGUUUAACUAGUGAGUUCCUCAUCUACGGGACUGAUACUGGCCUUAUUCAGUAUUUUUACAUUGAAGACUGGCAAUAUGUCAAUAAGUAUCAGCAUUCGGUUGGGGUGAAAAAAAUCUUCCCAGAUCCCAACGGAACCAAAUUAGUUUUUGUUGAUGCCAAAAGUGAUGGGUUCGUUUACUGUCCUGUGACUGAUACCGCCUUUGAAAUUCCAAAUUUGCAACCAACCAUCAAAGGCAUUUUGUGGGAAAACUGGCCACUGGAUAAGGGUGUAUUUGUGGUCUUUGACGAUAACAAAAUAUACACAUACGUGUUUCAUAAAGACACCAUACAAGGGUCUAAGGUGAUCUUGGCAGGAACAACCAAAGUUCCUUAUUCCCACAAACCUCUGCUCUUAUAUAAUGGAGAAUUAACCUGUCAGACACACAGUGGGAAAACCAACAGUAUCCUCCUUAACACUCACACUUUCCUGGGCACUCUAAAAGACCAGGGCUGCGACGAAUUGAAACAAAUGCUAACUCAGACUUUACUUUUGAAAAGGUUUUCCGAGGCCUGGGAGAUAUGCAAACAUCUGAACCAACUGUCCAGUUGGAAUGAGCUAGGCGAGGCCUGCCUUCAUCACAUGGAAGUAGAAUUUGCAAUACGGGUGUACAGGACAAACAGAAAUGUUGGAAUGGUUAUGUCCUUAGAGCAAAUCAAGAGCAUAGAAGAACACAAUCUUUUAGCGGGACAUCUUGCCAUGUACACCAAUAAUUUUAAUUUAGCUCAAGAUUUAUAUCUGGCAUCAUCUUCUCCCACUGCCGCGCUUGAGAUGAGGAGAGAUUUGCAGCAGUGGGAUAGCGCGCUUCAGCUUGCUAAACGUUUGGCACCAGACCAGAUCCCCUUCAUAUCCAAGGAGUAUGCUGUGCAAUUGGAAUUCACGGGUGAUUACGUGAAUGCUUUGGCCCAUUAUGAAAAAGGCAUCACGGGCAACAAUAAGUUCCAAGAACAUGAUGAGGCCUGCCUGGCCGGAGUCGCGCAGAUGGCGAUUCGUAUGGGAGAUAUUCGGCGCGGCGUUAACCAGGCCAUUAAACAUCCUAGCCGAACGUUAAAAAAAGACUGCGGAGCUAUUCUGGAGAGUAUGAAGCAAUUUUCAGAAGCUGCCCAGCUUUAUGAAAAAGGACAAUAUUUCGACAAGGCAGCUUCAGUCUACAUACGAUGCAAAAACUGGGCCAAAGUUGGUGAGCUGCUUCAGCAUGUCUCUUCGCCAAAAAUACACCUUCAAUACGCCAAAGCAAAGGAAGCAGAUGGCAGAUACAAAGAAGCUGUUUUGGCCUACGAAAACGCCAAGCAGUGGGACAAUGUGAUCCGGUUGUAUUUGGAUCACCUGAACGAUCCAGAAAAAGCUGUGAGCAUCGUCCGGGAAACCCAGUCUCUUGAAGGAGCCAAGAUGGUAGCCAGAUUCUUUCUGCAGCUGGGAGAUUACGAGUCUGCCAUCCAGUUUUUAGUGAUGUCCAAGUGUAACAACGAAGCUUUCGUCCUGGCUCAGCAGCACAAUAAGAUGGAGCUCUACGCUGAUAUCAUCAGUUCUGAGGAAACCACUAAUGACGAUUACCAAAGCAUCGCCUUAUAUUUUGAGGGAGAAAAGAAGCAUUUUCAGGCUGGCAAAUUCUUCCUACUCUGUGGUCAAUAUUCCAGGGCGCUGAAGCACUUUCUGAAAAGUCCAAACACAGAUGAUAAUAUGGCCAUAGACAUGGCAAUCGAGACGGUGGGCCAAGCGAAGGACGAAACCCUUACCGACCAGCUGAUCAAUUACCUUAUGGGUGAGAACGAUGGUAUACCAAAGGAAGCCAAAUAUCUCUUUCGACUCUACAUGGCAUUAAAGCAAUACCGGGAAGCUGCUCGGACAGCGAUCAUCAUCGCUCGAGAAGAACAGUGCGCAGGGCAUUAUCGAAAAGCCCACGAUGUUCUCUUCAGUAUGUAUUUAGAAUUGAAAGUACAGAAAAUUAAAAUACCCUCUGAGAUGGCUACAAACCUGAUGAUUCUACACAGUUACAUUUUAGUAAAGAUUCAUGUUAAACUUGGAGACCACAUGAAAGGAGCACGUAUGCUCAUUCGUGUUGCUAACAAUAUCAGCAAGUUUCCAUCUCAUAUUGUUCCCAUCCUGACCUCAACGGUAAUUGAAUGUCACCGAGCAGGACUGAAAAAAUCAGCCUUUGCUUUUGCUGCUAUGCUGAUGAGACCAGAAUAUCGGAAUAAAAUUGACUCGAAAUACAAAAGGAGAAUUGAAACACUCGUUCGGCGGCCGGACACCUCCGAAGGCGAAGGGGAAGAACCAACCACGCCGUGCCCCUAUUGUGAAUUCAUGCUCCCCGAAUGCGAACUCCUGUGCCCAGGCUGCAAGAACAACCUGCCCUAUUGCAUUGCCACGGGACGACAUAUGUCCAGAGAAGACUGGACUCUGUGCCCCCACUGCGAGUUCCCGGCGCUCUAUUCAGAAUUCAAAAAUUUGUUGCAGAGCGAAGGCGCAUGCCCCAUGUGUUCGGAAAAAGUCGAUGCCACCAACCUAAGCAGAACAGCCGAUUGCACACCCUACCUCAAGCCUGAAGUGGAGCAAUAAUUUUAAUCAAGUUAAGUGGCUCAAAUCUUCGUUUUCAUGUUUAGAACUCAGAAUAUUAAAGAACGUUCAUUUGUUUGUAACUAAAACAGUAACUGGCCUAUUCUCUCGUCUGCGUUCAUCUCCUACGCGAACCCCCCCCCCAACUUUUUUGCUUCUUCCAUGCAUCGAAGCUUCUUCAGUUUGCUUUCCACGAUGCAUUGUGUAUGUGGAAGGAUGCGGAUCGGGUGUGCUGGGCCCUCUUCCACAAUACCGUUGAUUCUGCCCACUGAUUUUUCUCUGCUUGACGUCUGCAAAGUGUGCACUCUCCACUCUGCAAGGAUGCGCCGUACAGUUGAAGAAUGAGCAGACAGCUCCUCUUUGAUCGUUACCGAGCUGCGGUGGCGCAGUGAUUAGAGUGCAGUACUGCAGGCUACUUCUGCUGAUCACUGGCUGCCAGCAGUUUGGCGGAUCGAUUCUCACUGGCUCAAGGUUGACUUAGCCUUCCGUCCUUCCGAGGUGGGUAAAAUGAGGAGCCAGAUUGUUGGGGGGCAAGAGGCUGACUCUAAACAGCUUAGAGAGGGUUGUAAAAGCACUGUGAAGCGGUAUAAAAGUCUAAGUGCUAUUGCCCUUCUUUCCUUCCUAGUGGUUAGACUGCAGUAUUGCAGGCAAACUCUGCUGACUAUCAGCAGUUCGAUCCUGACUGGCUCAAGGUUGACUCAGCCUUCCAUCCUUCCGAGGUCGGUAAAAUGAGGACCUACUGUAGAUUGUUGGGGGCAAUAUGCUGACUCUCUAAAACUGCUUACAGAGGGCUGGAAAGCACUGUGAAGCGGUAUAUAAGUCUUAAGUGCUAUUGCUAGUCCUUCCUUCCCAUUCUAAGUGCUCUUGUAAUUGCUGUCCCUGUGUUCUAAAUUGAAGCAGUCCGAGUUCAAUAAACCAGGCGGGUCCUUAGCGAAACAGUGCCACUCUAGACGCCACACAAGUUACUUCAAGUAAGUGACGAGGAAUACAGGUAGCCCUCAACUUGUGACCACAUUGGAGCCCCAAAUUUCUGUUCUUCAGCGAGAGAUUUGUUCAGUGAGUUUUGCCCCAUUUUACCACCCUUCUUGCCGUGGUUGUUAAGUGAAUCACUACAGUGGAUAAGUUUGGAAGGCGGGUUGUUAAAUGAAUCCGGCUUCCCCCAUUGACUCUGCUUGCCA